CGGAUUUAGUCUAGCGAAAGAUAUAAGCAAGUUUCAAUGGCAGGCAUUAAUUCGCGCGACACGCUAGGAUUGGCACAACCCAACCAUCGCCCCAAAAACGUUUUCCAUGGCUUUUCCAACCGGUCCGCAACACAGAAAACACGUCAACAGCCGCAAGUUUCCAGAGAAUCAAAGUCAGUCGCAGGAUCAUCUGCUGGCUUCAGCGUUCUCGAUCAGUAUCGCUACCUUCAGUUCCAACAUCAGGAGCUGAUAAAAAAGCAUAACGCUCUGAAACGGGAUCAUCAGGCUCUCGAGGAACUUCACAUGCGAUUGAAGGCGGAAAAUGGGGAAAUGAAAAAAGCCUACGAAGAACUACAGGAAAACUACCAAAACCUGAUUGAGUCGCAAAAAAGUUUCAACGCAGGCAAACUUUUGGUGUACUUGAAACUGAAACGCCGCACAGAUAAGGAAACGCUCGAGAAACGAAACAUAAUUCAGAAUGAAGCCUGCUUCAAUACCUAUUUGGAAAGAGUGGUAAUGCACGAUAUGCCACGGAUUCCCAAGAUCAUCGUCGAGUGCGUAACGAUCGUAGAAUCGAACGAAAAGUUUAUGAAGACCUGUGGUCUGUACAGAGUGUCCGGUAGUCACAGUACGAUACAGAACUUGCGCUACGACAUCAAUGCAGACAAUUACAGAAAGUUACGAAAGCAAAAAACACCACACGAAGUGUGUGGGGUUCUGAAACUGUUCUUGAGGGAACUAAAAGAACCUUUAGUUUCGCUGGAACAGCUGCGCCAGGUGAUUCCGGGUUCAUCGGAUAUGAUACACAACAGAGUGUUAAAAGUGAUAGAGUUGGUCAACUCGCUAGAUGAACUACGGAAAAACUCGUUACGUUUUCUGAUGAAACAUUUGAAAAGGGUGGCCGAUAUCGAAACCAACGAGAUGGACUCAAUGAGCUUGGGCAUCCUAAUGAGUUCCUGCAUAUUCAACGAAACGCUAAGCGAUGUGUGUCCGGAACGCUUUGAGACGAUCAGUGCAAUACCCAGGGAGUGCGUCAUCACCAUGAUUGAAUGCUAUGAGAAUAUAUUUGAAAAAUAAAUGCUUAGUUUUCUU